GGCCAGUGCGGUCAAUUGUUUUAUCCUGUUCAUAUCUGUGGCUCCUCAUCUUCUUUUGUGUGCAGAUGUAUCUAUAAAUAGAGCCACGCGCAUGCAGAUUAGGGAGAUUAUACACAAACUGGUUUGGUUCCUCUAAACAGAGUAGUACUAAUCUUACACAUUCAUCUUUCAUUCUUUAAUUUGCUUUUCGAAGUUGUUGAAGAAAGAUGCAGAAGCCGGCGCUUUUCGCCAUCUUUUCUGUCUUCAUCUUCUUCAUUGUUCCUCAACCCAGAAUUUCUUUGGCUUCUGAAUCCCAUAACCAAGAUCAAGAUUACUUGAAGUUUGUAAAUGAUGCAACUAAAUUUCCUUCAAAACAGUACUAUGAUUACAUAGUAGUUGGCGGAGGGGCAGUUGGUUGUCCUCUAGCUGCCACUCUAUCAAAAAGCCAUUCUGUUCUACUACUUGAAAGGGGUAGCUCACCAUAUGAAAGACCAGAAGUCUUACUCGAAGCGAAUCUUAUGACUAACAUCUUAGAAGCAAAUGACAAAGAUUCACCUGCUCAAGCUUUCACAUCUGAAGAUGGCAUUCCAAAUGUAAGAGGAAGGAUUCUUGGUGGGGGAACCAUGUUAAAUUUUGGCUUCUACUCGAGAGCCGACCCAUACUUCUAUGCAAAAUCUGGCAUCGAGUGGGACAUGAAACUUGUCAACGAGUCGUAUAAAUGGGUUGAAGAGACUAUUGUCUCCAAACCCAUUCUUGGAACAUGGCAAUCUUCAGUGAAAGAAGCACUUCUAGAAGCAGGUAAUGGCCCUGACAAUGGAUUUACAUUUGAUCACAUUAUAGGAACCAAGAUUGGAGGAUCAAUCUUCGAUGGGAAUGGGCGACGCCAUGGUGCAGUUGAGCUCUUGAACAAAGCUGUAUCAAAGAACAUUCGAGUGGCCAUUCAUGCCACAGUUGAGAGGGUGAUUUUCUCCUCAAAUUCGUCAGGCUUGUCAGCUGUUGGAGUCAUCUAUACUGACUCAAAGGGUAAGCUACAUCGAGCCAUGCUAAAACCCAAAGGAGAAGUAAUUUUAAGCGCUGGAACUCUUGGUAGCCCUCAACUUUUGUUGCUAAGUGGAGUUGGUCCAAAGUCAUAUCUAUCAUCCUUGAAGAUUCCCAUAGUGAAGCACCAUCCCUUGGUUGGCCAAUUUUUAGCUGAUAAUCCUCGUUUUGAUAUUAAUAUAUCUCCUCCAUUUCAAGUAGAGGAUUCUGGAAUUGCAAUUGCAGGAAUAACAGAAGAUUACUACAUUGAAGCCGCGUCAGGUUCUUAUCCUUUCGAUUCUCCAGUAAACUUCAUCCUCUUCCCAAACCCAUCUCCUCCCGCGAACUUCACUGUAUUAUCUAUUGUUCAAAAACUAUCAAGGCCUCUCUCAACGGGUUCACUCCGUCUAGCGUCAUCCACAAAUGUGAGGGCUACCCCAAAGGUUCGCUUCAAUUACUUGUCAAACCCAACAGACUUGGCAAAUUGUGUGUUAGGAACAAAAAAUCUUGACAGGUUAAUAAACUCCAAAGCCAUGGAGACGUACAAGUUUCAGGGCCAGAAUGGAACUAAAGAAUUUAAAUUUGUUGGGCUCUCUUUGCCAGAAAACAAAACUGAUGAUGUAGCAUUUGAAACAUUUUGUCACAAAAUGCUAACGUCCAUGUACCACUACCAUGGUGGUUGUGUGGUUGGGAAGGUCGUUGAUCCUCGUUUUAGGGUUUUGGGAAUUGAUGCAUUACGAGUUCUUGAUGGAUCCACCUUCACAUCGACCCCAGGAACCAAUCCUCAGGCUACUCUCAUGAUGCUCGGCCGGUAUGUUGGCCUGAGAAUGCAGGAAGAAAGAAAGCCAUAAUUGGGGAGAAGUUUGAAUAUCAACCCUCUACCACUUCAAUUAGUUUCUUCAUUCAAUAAAGAGCUUUAAAUUAGAAGUCUGAAAUUAGUGUAUUUGACCCACCCUCGUGACAAGCACGAGAUGGUUGGCAGGUUCCGACCGUUUCAUGUCCAUUAAUAACUGGACAUUUCUUAUUAUUUUAUAUGCUAGCUCUAAAAUAAGUGUAUUUAAUACAUGUACCCUGUGAUUAAAUUUAUUAUUGGUUCUCAAUUGUUUCACAGAACAUUUGUAAUAAAAUAAUCUUUUAUGCUAAA